CGCAUAAUGUCUCAACAUUCAUUCAACACAAACACAAACGAAAUAAUGGACGACCAUUCAGCGAAAGAAGAGACAACAGAGCCUGAAGAGUCUAAUACACCUGAAAUAAAGACAAGCGAUGUGUACAAAGUGGAUAAAAACUUACCGUCUCGCUUUAAUAACCCGGACUGUUUCAGAUACAGCCACAAAACUAUCAAUCCUCUGUACCAAACAACAAAUCAAACAUAUGGAAGGAAAAAACCAACAGUUCACGAAAUGCCGACAUCUUUUAAUGGAAGUCGACACAGGUUUUCGGAGCAUCUACUGAAAAGUGGCAUGUACAGGGACAAUGGCUUCAACACCAUGCUGGACAAGAGUCGACUCUCCAGACCCAACGAAACGUCUGUGUUUUACGAUAGAAUCAAUUUCCAUUCCUUAUAUCACAUGGCUGGGAAAUCUUAGUAAAACAAGCCAUACUAUUUUAAUGAUUGUAUGGUUUGGAUUGGCAUAAUUGAUUUUGAACAGCCAUCUAAGUGCUUUUUUUAUUCUUUUUAUAAAAAUAAAGGGAUAGUUCACCCAAAAUUUUUUUAAAUUCUGUCAUAAUUUACUCUGUCAUUCUUCUGUUGAACACAAGACUUUUUUUGAAAAACACUGAAAAUCAUUGAUUUCCAUAGUAUUUUUUCCUACUAUGGGUGUCAAUAGUUAAUGUUUUUAGAAUUCUUCAAAAUAUCUUCUUUUGCGAUCAACAGAAGAACUAAACUCCACUUGAGGGUGAGUAAAUAUAAUUUUUUUGAUGUACUAUCCCUUUAAAUCAACGAACAGAUGUUUAGUUCCCAGGGAUUUGGAAUGGCACGAA